CUGGUGCCCAUUAAAUGUUACCCUGUCUCGCUGCCCUGUGUUGCCUCUUUCUGCCUAUCUCCGCCCCCGAGGGGCCUUUCAGGCUUUAUCUUCCCCGAGACCCAGCCAGGUGCCACGUGGCUGUUGCUGCUUGGUCCCCGAUCCCUUUAUCUACUCCAGCCUCCAGGGCCCAGCACGCCAUGGAGGAUCUGCUGCUGCCAGUGUUGCUGCUCCUGCUGGGUUUCUCAGGUCCAUGGGGACAAGGACAGGAGCCCGAGGGUCCCUCAGAGGCACUCCCCGAGGAGUCCCCUGGGGAAGAAGUCCCCAAGGAGGAUGGGAUCUUGGUCCUGAGCCACCACAACCUGAGCCUGGCACUCCAGGAGCAUCGAGCCCUGAUGGUGGAGUUCUAUGCUCCCUGGUGUGGUCACUGCAAGGCACUAGCUCCUGAGUACAGCAAGGCGGCUGCCCUGCUGGCAGCUGAGUCAGCUGCGGUCACCUUGGCCAAGGUGGAUGGGCCUGCGGAACCAGAGCUGACCAAGGAGUUUGGCGUGGUAGGGUACCCUACGCUCAAGUUCUUCCAGAAUGGGAACCGCACAGACCCUGAAGAAUACGUAGGGCCCAAGAAGGCUGAGGACAUUGCUGAGUGGCUGAGACGGCGAGUGGGGUCCAGUGCCACACGUCUGGAAGAUGAGGAAGGUGUCCAGGCACUGAUAGCCAAACAGGAUGUGGUGGCCAUUGGUUUCUUUCAGGACCUACAGGCAGAGGAUGUGGCCACCUUCCUGGCCUUAGCGAAGGAUGCCCUGGACAUAACCUUUGGCGUCACUGACCAGCCACAGCUCUUUCAGAAGUUUGGCCUCACCAAGGAUACUGUGGUCCUUUUCAAGAAGUUUGAUGAGGGUCGGGCCGACUUCCCGGUAGACAAGGACACUGGCCUGGACCUAGGGGACCUGUCCCGCUUCCUCAUCACACAUAGCAUGCACCUGGUCACAGAGUUCAACAUGCAGACAUCACCUAAGAUCUUUGCAGCCAAGAUCCUCAACCACCUGCUGCUGUUUGUGAACCAGACACUAGCUCAGCACAGGGAGCUGCUGACAGACUUCAGGGAGGCAGCUCCCCCAUUCCGGGGGCAGGUGUUGUUCGUGAUGGUGGAUGUGGCCGCUGACAACGGCCAUGUGCUGAAUUAUUUUGGGCUCAAGGCUGAGGAAGCCCCAACCCUGCGCCUGAUCAAUAUUGAGACCACCAAGAAGUAUGCACCUACAGAUGUGGUGCCCAUCACUGCAGCUUCUGUGGCUGCCUUCUGCCAGGCAGUCCUCCAUGGGGAAGUCAAGCCCUACCUCCUGAGCCAGGAGAUACCCCCUGACUGGGAUCAGCGACCAGUCAAGACUCUCGUGGGCAAGAAUUUUGAACAGGUGGCUUUUGAUGAAACCAAGAAUGUGUUUGUCAAGUUCUAUGCCCCAUGGUGCAGCCACUGCAAGGAGAUGGCUCCAGCCUGGGAGGCACUGGCAGAGAAGUACAGGGAUCGUGAGGACAUUGUCAUCGCCGAGUUGGAUGCUACAGCUAAUGAGCUGGAGGCCUUCUCUGUGCAUGGCUAUCCCACCCUCAAGUUCUUCCCUGCGGGGCCAGACCGGAAGGUGAUAGAAUACAAAAGCACCAGGGACCUAGAGACAUUCUCCAAGUUCCUGGACAGUGGAGGUGACCUGCCUGAGGAGCCCAAGGAGCCUACAGUCUCCAUCCCCGUGGAAAUAAAAGCCAAUUCCACCGUGGGGUCCAAGGAGGAGCUGUAGCCAUUUGGACACUGCAUUCCAGGGAGUGGUGUCCUCAGUUGCUGGAGGGAGACAUGUGCUAUGAAUAAAAAUGUUUUCCCAGA